AUGCCUUCUCAAAUGGAAAACACCAUGGAAACCAUGAUGUCCACAUUUCACAGAUUUGAGGGAGAUAAAGGCUACAUAAUAAAGGAGGAACUGAAGGUACUCAUGGAAAAGGAGUUUUCUGGAUUUUUGGAAAAUCAAAAAGACCCUCUUGCUGUGGAGAAAAUAAUGAAGGACCUGGACCAGUGCCAAGGCAGCAAAGUGGACUUUCAGAGUUUCUUUUCACUAAUUGCUGGGUUCAACAUCACGUGCAAUGACUAUUUUGUAGUACACAUGAAGUAG